UCUUGUCUUUUCCAACACUCAACUGGCACGCACGUUUUUUGUAAACAAAUGUUUUUUGAGUUUUUAAAUAUUUAAAUAUUAUUUAAAUACUGCAGCUACAAGCAAAUAUAAAUCGUAGCCAUGUCCUCGUGGAAGAAUGCCAACAAGAGCAACCAGAAGGUGCAUCGCGAGCGUCACCAGCCUGAUGCACGCCAGCAUCUGGGCCUGCUCGAGAAGAAGAAGGACUACAAGAAGCGCGCCCUCGAUGCCCAGCGCAAGGAGAAGACUCUGAAGCUGCUGUAUAAGCGUGCCCAGGACAAGAAUCCGGACGAGUUCUACCACCACAUGAUCAACUCGAAGCUCUCGGACGAUGUGCACCACGAGAAGCAGGCCAAAGAUGAGCACACACCCGAGCAGCUGGCCCUGAUGCAGACCCAGGAUCUCAAGUAUGUGGUGAUGAAGCGUACCAUAGAGCGCCGCAAGAUCGACCGCCUGAAGGUCGACCUCAUGGACAUAGACGCCGCCAAGACCAACACGCACUACACCUUCGAUGAGCAGGGCAAAAAACACACAGCCACACUGGGCGAGCGCCUCAAGGAGUCGGAAGCCACAAAGGAGCCCCUCGCACCCAAUAGCACAAAGCAGCAGCGCAUCAAUGAGCUGAAAAAACGAGUGCAGCGCGAACGGGAGUUGAGCAUUGUCCAGCAGAAGCUGCUGCUGAAGAAGCAGCUCAAGCAGCCGCGUCUCAUCAAGCCACAGAAGCUGAAGCCCGCCACAGCGGAUAGGCCACCGGUCUACGAGUUCCGCUACGAGCGCAAAAAGUGAGGGAUACACAAAUAAGUUACUCUCCUUUUUUUUUUUUGAAUAAAGCGAUUUAAGUGUUACUUGGUA